UUUUCUUCUCCAGUCUCACUCCCUCUCUUUGGUCUGCAAUCAGCAGCGUGAAAAUCCGUCAAAACCAUGAGCUGCAACGGUUGCCGCGUACUGCGAAAGGGCUGUGGCGAGACAUGCGUCCUGAGAUCGUGCCUUCAGUGGAUCAACUCUCCCACCUCCCAAGGCAACGCCGUUCUUUUGCUCGCCAAGUUCUUCGGCCGCAGCGACCUUCUUUCCUUCAUCUCCGCCGUCCCCGAAUCCCAAAGACCCGCUUUGUUCCAGUCCUUGUUGUAUGAAGCCUGUGGCCGCACGGUGAAUCCGGUGGAUGGUGCGGUGGGACUUUUAUCGCGUGGCAUGUGGCACUUAUGCCAUUUGGCGGUGGAGACAGCCCUCGCCGGUGGUGAUCUCACGCCUAUAGCGGAUAUCGCAACGGCCGGAAUUUCCCCGGACGCAUUCGGCACUGAAGAAUCUGCGGUUGAAACUCUUUACAGUCCAUCCGCGCUGUCCAUGAAAGAAAAUCAACCGUCUGAUCCUCUUACCCUCUCGCUGGCACCUAAGCUCUCCAACGAUAUGAGUGCUGCCCUGAAACGGCCCAUCCCAUGGAGAGUCAAGCGCUCUAUGGAUUUCACAACGUCGUUCAAGUCCAACGAUUCCGAGAUGACGAGCCUUGGAAGCCCUGGCAAGGAUCGGAAGCUUCUUAAUUUAUUUGUCUGAAAGAGAGAGAGAAAGAGAGUUUUUGUCUCCGAUGAAGUCCUGCGGCGUAAAGAUCAGUGAGCAAUGUAAGAGAGAGAGAGAGAGAGAGAGAGAGAGAAUACAAAUAAAAACAUUUUAGUCUCGUCGGCCGGAAAUUUCUCCGGCGAGUUUUUGAACAAGGUUUCCGGCCAAGUUUUUAGGCGUUAAUAAUAUUAAUCUUUGUUUGGUUUCCGAGUU